AUGGCAGACCAGUUCCUGGCGGAGCAGCACACAUGGACGCUAUUUCGAAAUUCGCAAUCUGACGAAGCGGACAGUUGGGUUAUGUUGACCCGGGAUGGUGAGAUCGUUCCCAUCCCAGGUGAGAAGAUAUUGCAUACCUCACGGCCACGAGUGAGCCUCGAGGUGACAACACCCCGUGAGCUCCAGAUCGCCGACCCGUUCUCCAUCAAGUGUGACAACGGCAUCGCCUACAUCACGAAUGAGCGAGUGAUCUUCUUGCCGGCUAGGCCGAGUGAGGAUUUCAAGUCUUUUUUUACCCCCGCGCUGAAUUUUACCGAUACCCAUGUUCAUUCAUCAUGGAUUGGUCCCUGGAGCUGGGGCGGGACAGUGAGACCGGUUCCUGGGGGAGGCAUUCCCAUGCAUAUUCCGCGGGUGGAUGUCAAAUUCGUCUUCCGGGACGGGGGCCACAGCGACUUCCAAGCCAAGUUUGAGUGGCUGAAGGAGCGCCUGCAUCAUGCCCAGGAAUUGGGUCUGGUACCCGGGCAAAACCUCGAACCUCCGCCGCCGUACCAAGUCGACCGCCCGAGCCCCACUUCCACCAGCGACACUCAGCCUAGCACACAGGGACAACAACGGCAGGAGCCACAGCAGGAGCAGCAACAACAACAAGAAGCGCAGCAGCCCCAACCAGCUCCCGACGAACCGCCUCCGGAUUACGUUCAGGCACAAACCCAAGCCAUCAAUAUACGGUACGAGGAACGUGCGCGGGAGGAAGCUGAGAGGGGCUGA